AGAGGCCAAUGAGCUGUCUUGUACGUGUCAUCAACAGCGUACUUCCGCCAUAUAGACAGUCAAUUCCCUCGGCCCCUCACUUAUAAUAGACAAUCAAAACACAGAUUUUCAUAAACCGUACUCCUAAAAGUUGUACUAAAGAUCAUCAGUAGCUCCAACCUUGCCAAGCAAAAUGCUCUCUAGCCUAACUUCUUUUCUUGGGGGGCCUUCGAGUAACACUCCACAACUUAAAUCGGCCUUCAAGAAAUCAAAAGGCGGCGAAAAAAGAGUCCGAUUCAAGCUCUCAGGGGAACAGUCGCGAAAUCGGCCACCACCAAGACGGAGCUCUAGUCCCCACCCUCACUUUGGUUCCCGUGGUAUGCCCUCUAGACCAUCGGCUCCCUCUAGCUUUAUACCCACAUCUACCAGGCCAGCCUGCCCUCAGCGCUCACAUGCACCAUCUUCCAGUGCAUCUACCACCCGAGGAAGACCAGAGUUUGCUUCUCAUUCUUCCACCACACCAAGCAGGCCACCUCACCCACAGGUGCCGUGCACACCGCCUACCAGAGACACAGCAAGCACACGAGGAAGAGCAGAGUUCACGCCUCGGCCUUUCACACCUCGGCCUUCUACGCCUGCUGCGACAUCCCUGGCCUCCAGACCAUCCACCAGACCAUCCAACGCGCAACUCUCAUCUACAUCGUCUCCCAGAGUAGCAGCAGCCGCCCCAGGACGACCAUGCCCACUACCUCCUUCCACAGCACAAAUUCUUGGCCGCCCGACGUCUACUAACCCGCCCUCUUCCCGCUCCAUUCGCGAGCCGCUCUCAGUCCGACACGCAGCGCCCCGCCACUUCCGGCCCUCCCAAACUCCCCUCUCCACGCUUACGCAGCUCCAAGCCCCCGAACCCACGUCCCUCACCUCCCUCCUCUCCUCCAUCCUCUUUGCGCCACCUCCCCCACCGGCGCCGCCACCAAUACCUCGACCUCGACACCUGAUUCCCGCGGGGAAUACGCUCUUGGACCCUGUAGCGCUGCAUCCGGAGCGGUGGCGCCUGUGGUGGACGACAAAGCUGCCGCUGCAGCAGGAGAUGGAGAAGUUUGACGAGGAAUCGCGGCGGAUGGAUCUGAGGAUGGGAAGGGGAGGGGGAGGUGGAGGGGUACGAGGAAGGGAGAGGGUGGUGCGGAGGGUAGUUUUGAAGCGGGGCGAGGAGUGGGUUGAGACGUGGGCGGGGAAGUAAAAUCCGAAAGUAGGAAGGGAGGGCGGUGGGAGGCAUGCAUCAAACAAUGCGGUACGAUUGUGCAUUUGAGUGGCAUGGCGAUAUGAAAUCUAUUCUGCUUCAAAUUCAAGGACGCUUCU